AUGGCACCAAAAAAGAUUGCAACUAAUAAGGUCGUUUCUGCCAAUGAUGUCGGCCCCUUAACUAUCGAGGACUUGAGAAUGCAGUUAGCUUCCAUUAAUGAGAAAUAUGAAAAGCAGCAAGGCCUAAUUCUGCAUUUAACGAGAUCCAUUGAAGUACUUACAAAGCCUCCAAAUAUCUCAACUGAACAAAUAUUGCAAACUAUUGAUGAAUAUUUUGAAAAAAAAGAAAAGGAACCAUGUCUAGUUGGCAUAAAUAUUCUUGAAAAAUCUUCUGAUGAUGAGACUGCUAUUGCCGAUAGGCUCUUAGCAAAGAAUAUUGUAGCAGUUGCUGGGAUUUAG